AGACCUAAUAAAGCUUUUAGCUAGGAGUGUUUCGUUUGAGCAGGCAAUAAGAAUUCUUCAGGAUGGUAUUGCAUGCGACAUCAUUAAAAUAGGUUCUUUAGUAUGAAAUAAAGAAAGAUUUGUAAAAAGAAGACAGCGUCUUAUUGGCCCCAAAGGAUCCACAUUGAAGGCCUUGGAACUGUUAACAAACUGCUACAUUAUGGUUCAGGGAAACACAGUUUCAGCCAUUGGACCCAUCAACGGUUUAAAAGAGGUUCGGAAAGUAGUCCUAGAUACUAUGACGAACAUUCAUCCAAUAUACAACAUUAAAACUUUAAUGAUUAAACGAGAGUUGGCAAAAGAUUCUGAAUUAAGAUCACAGAGUUGGGAAAGAUUUUUGCCACAGUUCAAACAUAAAAAUGUGAAUAAGCGCAAGGAACCAAAGAAAAACACUGUUAAGAAAGAAUUUACACCAUUCCCACCACCACAGCCAGAAAGUCAGAUUGACAAAGAAUUGGCUAGUGGUGAAUACUUUUUGAAGGCAAGUCAGAAGAAACGACAGAAGAUGGAAGCUAUAAAGGCUAAACAAGCAGAAGCGCUCAGUAAGAGACAAGAGGAAAGAAACAAAGCUUUUAUUCCACCUAAAGAAAAACCAGUUGUGAAACCUAAGGAAGCUUCUACCGAAACUAAAAUUGAUGUGGCUGCCAUCAAGGAAAAGGUUCAGAAAGCCAAGAAUAAGAAACCGGGAGCCCUGACAGCUGAGGAACUUCAACUUAAGAUGGAAGCAAAGGAAAAGACAAAGACAAAGAAAAAGUAA